ACACUAUAGACCAGGAACAAAAUAUACACCCGAAAGUUGCGCCCCAAUGACCCACCUCCUCCAGCCAUACCCUACCUGCCUAGGUGACCACUCAGUUCAUACCUAUCAGAGGAAUAAUGCACUGAUUAGGUUAAGGCUCUCAUAACCCAAUCAUUUCCCCGCUAAGCUUUCUUUCAUUGUCUCACUCAUGAGUUUUGGGGACACCUCAUUUCUACCAUGACUGGAGUAUUCUACAUAACCUUACGUUUUCAUUCUGUCAACUUAGAUAGUCCACCAUGCCCACGCCCACAGGUCACACACUCUCUGUUUUCCUUGUCUGAAUUAUUUUUCUUUUGAGUCCUUAUCACCACCCAACAUAUUCAUAUGUUAUUUUGUUCUCAAACUCUUUUUAAACUCACUCAAUAGAAUGUAAGCUGUGAAUAAAAAGAAAUUCAUCUGUUUUGUCCAUUUCUAGACAAUUCCUCAAUGUCUAGAAAAGUUUCUGUCAGAAUAGGUAAUUAAUUAAUAUCUGGAAUAAUGAAUCUCAUGAAAAUCUUAUUUCUCCAACCACCUCUGUUCUGUGUCAGAGAGACAACUUGAAGCCUAACUCCUCUCGAAGUCCUCUCAAUCUUCCAUCCUUGACUGUAAAGUCGGGGUAAUAAUGCUUCGCUCACUGAGUAUGUGAUUAAUAAAUGACAUAACACACUUAGGAUGUAGGUGAAACAUGUGGGAUAUGCCUCAACACAUUGAAAUGUAAACUGUUUUUUUAAAACCAUUAUUGCUAUUAUUUGACAGUGAUCCAGAUUGCUUUUGCCACCAACCCGAAGAGGCAUAAGGACAGGAAUCCUGUUUGUUUCUGUUUUGGACUUUCUAGGUUGGGGAAUUCAAAACUCAUCUUCAUCAUUCAUAUGCUGAAACCAGGGAUAAAGUACUUGGAAACAUAAUGAAACUCAUCAGAAACUUUUAUGUAUUUUGUACUAUUGUUAUGUCAAUAGAGGACUCAGCCCCAAAGCUGCCAGAAGAAAAGGAAUUAACUAGUAACUACUCCAGCAUGUCUCUGAGAAAGGUUCCCACAGACUUGACCCCAACCACAACCACACUGGAUUUAUCCUAUAACCUCCUUUUUCAAGUUCAGAGUUCAGAUUUUCAUUCCCUCUCCAAACUGAAAGUUUUGAUUUUAUGCCAUAACAGAAUCCAACAGCUGGAUAUCAAGAUCUUUGAACUGAACCAGGAGUUAAGAUAUUUAGAUUUGUCUUAUAAUAGACUGAAGGUUGUAACUUGGUAUUCACUGGCAGGCCUCAGACAUUUAGAUCUUUCUUUUAAUGACUUUGACACCAUGCCUAUUUGUGAAGAGACUGGCAACAUGUCACACUUGGAAGUUCUGGGUUUGAGUGCAGCAAAAAUACAAAAAUCAGAUUUCCAGAAAAUUGCUCAUUUGCAUCUCAAUACUGUCUUCUUAGGUUUGAGAACUCUCUCUUAUUAUGAAGAAGGCAGCCUGCCCAUCUUAAACACAACAAAACUUCACAUCAUUUUGCCAAGAAACACAAAUUUCUGGGUUCUUUUGCAUGAUGGAAUCAAAACUUCAAAAAUAUUAGAAAUGACAAAUAUAGAUGGAAAAAGCCAAUUUAUAAGUUAUAAAACUCAACAAACUCUUGUUUUAAAGAAUGCCAAGACAUCUACACUGUUAUUUAAUAAAGUUGAUUUACUCUGGGAUGACUUCCUCCUUAUCUUCCAAUUUGUUUGGCACACAUCAGUGGAAUACUUCCAAGUCCAAAAUAUAACUUUUGGAGGGAACGUUUAUCUUGACCAUAAUUCAUUUGACUACUCAAACACUGUAAUGAGAGCUAUAAGAUUGGAGGAUGUGCAUUUCAGAAUUUUUUAUAUUCCACAGGAUAGAAUGUACUUGCUUUUUACCAAAAUGGAUAUAGAAAACCUGACAAUAUCAGAUGCACAAAUGCCACACAUGCUUUUCCCUAAUUAUCCUGUAAGUUUCCAAUAUUUAAAUUUCGCCAAUAAUAUCUUAACAGAUGACCUGUUUAAAAAACCUAGCAAAUUGCCUUAUUUGCAAACUCUCAUUCUGAAGGGCAAUAAACUGGAGACACUUUCCUUAGCGAGUUGCUUUGCUAACAGCACACCUUUGAUGCACUUGGACCUGAGCCAAAAUCUAUUACAACAUAAAAAUGAUGAAAAUUGCUUUUGGCCAGAAACGUUGAUCACCAUGAACUUAUCAUUCAAUAAAUUUGCUGAUUCUGUUUUCAGGUGUUUGCCCAGAAGGAUUCAAAUACUUGACCUGAAUAAUAACAAGAUUCAAAGUGUCCCUACAGAAAUUAUUCACCUGAAGGCUUUACGAGAGCUAAAUAUUGCAUUUAAUUUUCUGACCGAUCUCCCUGGGUGCAGUCAUUUCAGCAGACUCUCAGUUCUGAACAUUGAAAUGAACUUCAUUCUAAGCCCAUCCCUGGAUUUUUUUCAUAGCUGCCAGGAAGUUAAGAUUCUAAAUGCAGGAAGAAAUCCAUUCCAGUGUACUUGUGAAUUAAGAGAUUUCAUUCAGCUUGAAAAAUAUUCAGCAGGCAUGAUGGUUGGAUGGUCAGAGUCAUACGUCUGUGAAUACCCUUUGGAUCUAAAAGGGACUCUGUUAAAAGAUGUUGAUCUUUCUGAAUUGUCUUGCAACACAGCUCUGUUGGUUGUCACCAUUGUAGCCAUCAUGCUAGUUCUGGUGGUGACGGUGGCCUUCUGCUGCCUUCGCUUGGAUCUGCCCUGGUACCUCAGGAUGCUAGGUCAAUGGGCACAAACCUGGCACAGGGUUAGGAGGACAGCGCAAGAACAACUUAAGAGAAGCGUCCAUUUCCAUGCGUUUAUUUCAUACAGUGAACAUGAUUCUCUCUGGGUGAAGAAUGAAUUGAUCCCCAAUCUAGAGAAAGAAGAUGGUUCUGUUUCGAUUUGUCUUCAUGAGAGAAACUUUGACCCUGGAAAGAGCAUUGCUGAAAAUAUUGUAAGCUGCGUUGAGAAAAGCUAUAAGUCCAUCUUUGUUUUGUCCCCCAACUUUGUCCAGAGUGAGUGGUGCCAUUAUGAGCUCUACUUUGCCCACCACAAUCUCCUCCAUGAAAGAUCUGAUCGCAUCCUUCUUAUCUUACUGGAACCCAUUCCAUUGUACUGCAUUCCCACCAGGUUCCACGAGCUGAAAGCUCUCAUGGAAAAGAAAGCAUACUUAGAAUGGCCCAAGGAUAGGUGUAAAUGUGGGCUUUUUUGGGCAAAUCUUCGAGCUGCUAUUAAUGUUAAUUUAUCAGACACUGGAGAAGUAUGUGAACUACAGACAUUCACAGAACUGAAUGAAGAGUCCCGAGGUUCUGCAGUUUCUCUGAUAAGAACAGAUUGCUUAUAAAACCCCACCUCCCCAGAGAAACUGGGGACCAUAUCCCCUGUUGGGAUAUAAAUGAAUAUAAUCCUUAUGAUGGCAAUUUGUUGAUAUCUACUAAGAUGAAAAAUGAUUAUUCUCUUCAUGUCAAUUCCUGGAAAGAUUUUUUAAAAAAUAUAUUCUCUGGGGGCUGGGGUUGUGGCUCAGUGGUAGAGGGCUCACCUGGCACAUGUGAGGCACUGGGUUCGAUUCUCAGCACCACAUAAAAAUAAAUAAGUAAAUAAAUAAAUAAAGUUAAAAAUAUAUUCUCUGAAACCUGUACAAGUUUACAAUGUUUUAUGUAAAAAGGUGUUUAUCGCAGCAUUGUUUAUAACCAUGAAAAAUUGAAAAACUUCCCAAAUAUUCACAAAAUAAGGAUUGAUUCAAUAAAUUGUAGUAUACCCAUGUAAUAGGAUAUUAAAUAACCAUUAUGGUAUGGAGAAAAUUAUAUUAAUAUGUUAGUUUAUACAUUGAAAUAAAGGUCUAAAAUAAUCUAUAUCAGCAUGCUGCUAUAGUAAUAGUGGUUUGGGUCUGGAAGAUUGAAUUACAGGGAUUUCUAUGUUGUAUAUAUCUGUAA